AUGGGUUGUGCUUGUUCAACUGAUGAUCCUUACCAGAAUGAGUUGGUGAAGAGUGAAUUAACAUUGGAAAACCCAGGAGCGAAGGAUUGUCGCGUCUCACGAAAAUCACUGAUCCAUAAAGAAUCGGUUAUUUUGGGUAAAGGAAUGACAAAUGCUCAUUUGGCUGUCGCUAUGCUUCAGGCGAACAAAGCGGCAGCGAUGAUCACAACGGGGAGUCCUUUCACAAAUGAACUCGAGUAUGAGAUAGCACAAAAAAUUAUUCGAAAAGCAAAAAAUGAAGGUUGCACGGUUUCUAUUGUGAACGCUUGUCUCUACAUCGAUUACAAAUUCGUUGGGAUGUUGCCACCAGAAAUGGCC